CGCCUAGCGGCCACACUGCAGUACUGCGGCAACCCAUGAUUCACAAUAAGCGACCAAUCACACGCUUGGAAAUUUGGUAUAAAUACCACGUCAUUUCCCUCCAGCGCCCUCUUUUUCCGUCGUCUGGUCAGACUUCCAUACGGCGUUGUUUCGUGCUCUCCCAACUCACUCGUAACGCAGGGAAAGCGGUCACGAUGUCCGGAGGUCUGGAUGUCCUUCAAAUGAAGGAGGAGGAUGUGCUGAAGUUCCUGGCCGCAGGAACCCACCUGGGAGGCACCAACUUGGACUUCCAGGUGGAGCAGUAUGUCUACAAGAGGAAAAGCGACGGUGUGUACAUCAUUAACCUGAAGAAGACCUGGGAGAAGCUGCUGCUGGCGGCCAGGGCCAUUGUUGCCAUUGAGAACCCAGCUGAUGUGUGCGUCAUCUCCUCCAGGAACACCGGACAGAGAGCGGUGCUGAAGUUCGCCUCUGCCACCGGUGCCACCACCUUCCAUGGCCGUUUCACCCCUGGUACAUUCACCAAUCAGAUCCAGGCUGCUUUCAGGGAGCCCCGCCUGCUGAUUGUGACAGACCCUCGCGCUGACCAUCAGCCACUGACUGAGGCUUCCUACGUCAACAUUCCCACCAUUGCCCUGUGCAACACAGACUCCCCACUGAGAUACGUGGACAUUGCCAUCCCCUGUAACAACAAGGGUAACCACUCUGUGGGUCUGAUGUGGUGGAUGCUGGCCAGGGAGGUUCUCAGGAUGAGGGGAACCAUCUCCAGGGAGCACCCAUGGGAGGUCAUGCCUGAUCUAUACUUCUACAGGGACCCUGAGGAGAUUGAGAAGGAGGAGCAGGCUUUGGCUGAGAAGGCCGUUGUAAAGGAGGAGUUCCAGGGUGAAUGGACCGCCCCUGCAGCGGAGUUCACUCAGCCUGAGGUAGCCGACUGGUCCGAGGGCGUUGCUGUGCCGUCUGUGCCCAUCCAGCAGUUCCCUGCACCUGCUGCCCCUGCUGUCAAGACAGAGGACUGGAGCGCUCAGCCUGCCACAGAGGACUGGUCCACUGCUCCUACUGCCCAGGCAUCUGACUGGGGUGGUGCCACUUCUGACUGGUCUUAAACCACUGACGUUGGCAACAAUAAAAGUGUUUGUUACACUUGA